AGCGCCGUGUACCACAUAAAAUCGGUUUGAGGUAGGUAAGCACAGAAUUCAUACAUAAGGCGCACCAGAUUAUGAGGCACACUGUAGAAUUUUUUGAGAAAUUAAUGGAUUUUAAGUGCGCCUUAUAGUGCGGAAAAUAUGGUAAUUGAAACUUUUACACAACAAUUUUCAGCACAGCAUGAAAAGAAGGGACUUUAGACCUAGUAUACACUUGCAGCUGGUGCACACUGCAUUUUGGUGUUGUUUUGGUUUCUCAUGCACUUCUUGAUUUUUGUUACCUUCAUGAAGCAAUAUAAAUCUACGAUUGUGUUGUGUUUUAUGGCCAUUUCGAAUAUAUAUCAGUAUAAGGACUCUGAGAUACUGAUUGCAAAGAAGAUGCAAAGAGCCACUUUGUGAUUGCUUUGCUUUGUGUUGACUUCUUCUACUGCUAUUCCACCACUGAGUUUGUGUUUCCGAGUGGCAACACCUAUCAUUUGGGGGAAGAGUCCAGUGUGCCCUGUGCGCCAGUUUAAAUGCUUAUGAGGCUGUGGUGAAAUCACAGUUGGCGCAUCCAAACCCAUAUACUAUACAUAUGGAUUGCAGCUGUCUAUCUUGAAAGCCUGAUCAAGAUCCUACAUGUGUCAUUAUAUGGCACCUGAAGUGUUUUCAGUAUUUUUUUUGUAUGUUUGUCACACUUAAAUGUUUCAGAUCAUCAAACAAAUGUAAAUAUUAUACAAAGAUAACACAAGUAAACACAAAAUUAAGACAUUAUUUAGAAAGGGGAAAAUAAUCCAUGGCCCUUUGUUUGCAAGAACUGACAAUGAGUCUUUUACAGCGCUGUUGAGGAAUUUUGGCCCACUCAUCUUUGCAGAAUUGCUGGAAAUUAUUGUAUCUCUCAUUUGUUCCUGAAUUUCCUUUGACCUCGCCAUAAUGUCUGCCUUUUGAGUAUCUUUUAGUCUACUCCACUUGGUCCUAUUUCAGUGAUUUCUUGAUUGUUAGAUAUAGUUUACAGAUACAAAUGAUAUGGGUUUCAAAACUAUAUUCUGCUGUUUUACAGACAGUCAAAAUGCAAACAGCAAUUUUGAAACUGUAUGAUGCCAUAGGAGAUAAAAGAAUUGAUAAUGUUGCAUAUUCACACAUCUGCUUAAACUGAUAAAGGCAGAGGGGCAGUGUUACAUCUAAGCCAUUUAAAAGUAUUAUUUUCACAAAUGUGAAAAACUUGUGAUAGGGUUUUAGGGAUUUAAUCAGUACCAGGAGAGGAAUGUUAAUAUUACAUUUUGUUUGCAAGGCAGAUGACGAUGAAUCAAAUGCAGAAUUAGGUAAGGCUUUGUUUUAAUUUAGGUUUGAAGCUUCAUGGCUCCUAUUUCACCAAAUUUUUUCAGUGUAAAAUUAUCUCAGUGAUAAUAGUCUAAGGUAGCAGUGGUCAGUUAAUUUCAGUUGAAGCCCUGCCUGAAGCACACAUUCAGAGAUGCAGUCCUGUCCUCCCUCUGCUCUGUACAAAGUCUCAAAAUGUAAUUCCAUCUGAUCCAAGAAAGGAAUGGCUUAGAAGGGAGGUUAGGACCGUACCUUUCCUUUAGCAGUUUUACUAGAACUUAAUCUUCCACCAGACCCCAAUCAGAUUAAUUCCUGGGAGGACAUCAUUGCCUAUAAAGGACCAGCGGCCUGUCGGUAGAGAUAAGGAGCCUUCGGGCUGAGUUCCUGACUGGCCUUCCCUAUGUCUGGUGCUAUGCUGAUCAGAUUUGGUCACAAACAGGGUCCACCACUGCUUGGUAAUCAGGAACCAGAGUCUGCCUCAGGAGAGCUGCACUCAUUUUGAUAAUACCAUUAGAUGACAGUGCCCCAUCGCUGCUACACUUGGUAAGUUAAUAUUUUAGAGCUGUCCUCUGCUUUUAUGAUGGCCAUCUGGGUUAUAUGUGGUGUGGGCCUGGAUGUAGACAGGGCUACAUCCACAAUAUCAGUGGGCAUGGCUGUGUGUAUGUGUGUAUCUGCUUGGUGACGACUGGAUCAUAGCUCCAGUGAAUAGGCUCAAACGGCAUUAGAGAAUUGAUUACCGGUCCCAAAGCAGUGAUAAACUGCAGACUGUGAAUUGAGCUACUCUAAUCAAUGGAAAAUGUAUGCCUGGAAAUGUUGCAACUCAUUGAGACAGGGCAGAUUUGCUGGCUUCUCUGAUAGCUUAGUACCUCUCCUAAUACAUCAUAAUUGGAUGCAGGAUGGUGCUGGCAAGCAUCAGGUUGGUUUUUCGUCUCUGGCACUUGUUUCUUUUAUGUCUGUAUGUGCAAGGAAGUAGUAGGUAUCAGUUUGUUUUUCUCUUCCUUGAUGCAAAGGAGACUGAAGACUGAAUCGUACAGUUUGAUUAUUUCUUAAAUGCUGCAUCACAAUUCAUCAUGUGGUUUUUCACUUAAAGAUUUGGGAGGAUGAGAAUCUUACAAAUAUUCCACCAGAGAGAAAAACCUUGAUAAAAAUACUUAAAAUAUCACACAAGUUUUUUAAAAGCUAAAUAAAAAGCUUUAAAAGCUUUUAAAAAAAUCUUUUUGCUAUGUUCUUUCCAUACUUCCCACAUUGCCCCCUGUUACUAGGAUUUUAAUAAGCGCAUAGUGCUCCUUGGGUUCUCAUUUUCUUGUGCUUAAUUGCCUGGCAAUGUGGCCAGGACGCAAUAGGCAGGGAUUACCCUCUGACCCAAAGAGACAUUAUUCUCCCUUCAUCUUAAUGAGAUAUGGGCUAAUUUCUCAUUAUCACUGCACAAAGACUGUGCAGCUGAAUGUGCAAGACUGCCCCCACCCAUACUUUGUUGAAGGAAAACUGGAGUUUGGUUUUGACAGAUAUGAUAUGAUAGAUAAGGGGGAUGUGUGAAAAUGUGAAGAGUUCCUCUUGCUAUCUUUUUAUCUUGGAUGCAAUCAACUAUAACCGUUAACUCAGAGAUAAAGACAGAGAUUAAAAAAAUUUUAAAAAGGAGAUAAAACAUGGAUAUGAAUGGAAAGUAAUCAUAUUCGGCUUUCAGCAUUUUUCCUCUCAUGUUCAUCUUGUGUUGUCGUCAUCACAGUGUGAAAGCAAAGUUAUAUUACAGUUUUUCUCAAAUGCUAAAACAAAAACGCUAAACCUCUAAACCAAAUGACCAGUUGUCUAAACACAUUUACUAAAUCUAGCCAUCAUUUACCAAUAUCAUAAACACAUGUCACAUGAAGACACAGUUCACAGAACACAAUCCUCCGUUGUCAUAAAUCUAACCACAUCUUUCCUUGCUAAAACACAAGUUGCAAAAGAACUCUGCUCAUAUUCUCAAAUGAAAGCUCAUGUGAUGCAACAUGCUUGCCACAGUCAGCAAUAUUUGAACACAAUGAACACACCUGGCGUCAUUCAUUACACACAACAACUCAAAAUUGGAUGGUGGAAGAGGAGCAGGUCAACGAGGAAGAGGAGGAGGCUAACAUGGGAGAAGAGAAGGUCCAGGAGGGAGAGCAUGACAACCUCGCACCAUCAUUACGGACGAGAUGCGAGCAACAGUCAUUGACCAUGUCAUUGUCCAUGGCAUGACAAUGGCUGAAGCAGGACUAAGAGUCUGUCCAAACCUGAGUAGGUUCACCGUGGCCACCAUUAUCAGGGCAUUCAGACAACACUACAGAGUUGAAAGAAUGCCACAUAGAGGUGGGAGGGUUGCCAUAUUUACAGCGGCACAAGAAACCCUCAUUGUGGAUAUGGUUCGUGGGAACAACCUCAUCAGACUCCGGGAGAUCAGAGACAAAGCAACUCUGCGCGACACAAAGACCUACGUUACGAGUAUGUGCAAAGGAUAUUACAGUUGGACGCGAUGGCCAGACCUCAUGAGUACCUCUUCCUGGAUGAGGCUGGCUUCAACCUGCAGAAACGAAGGCAAAGAGGCCGUAACAUCAUUGGCCAAAGAGCCAUCACUGAGGUCCCUGGCCAACGGGGGGCUUGUCCACCGGCAUGCUGUCCUUGGGUCUUACAACACCCAACGUCUCCUCACCUUCCUAGAGGAGCUAAAAGACAUCCUCCUGGACCGCCAACAACACCAUCCUGGGCCCGCACAUCACAUUUAUGUGAUCAUUUGGGACAAUGUCUGCUUCCACAGAACAAACCAGAUCAGAGAGUGGUUCACCACCAACAGUGACCACUUUUUAAACGUCUGUCUGCCACCCUACUCCCCUUUCCUGAACCCUAUAGAGGAGUUCUUUUCAUCGUGGAGAUGGAAGGUUUAUGACAGACAACCAUACACAAGAGAGAACCUCCUAAGGGCAAUGGAGCUGGCCUGUGUUGACAUCCCAGCGGAGGCCUUCCAAGGAUGGAUUCGCCAUUCCAGGGCGUUUUUCCAGCGGUGCCUGGCGAGAUACAAUAUAGCCUGUGAUGUGGAUGAGGUGAUGUGGCCCGAUGCAGCUCAGCGACAUGAUGCCGCACAGUGAUUUGGUGUGUGUGUGGUGUAAAUAAAGUAAAUAAAAAAACUUCACACCCUGAUCAUGUUUUCAAGAGUACUGUUGUGUGCAAUAGAUUCUGUUUUUGCAUUGAGUUGUGUUACAGUAGUGUACGUACAUGCAGGAUUUUCUAUAGAUUUAUACUCUUCAUAUGAAACUCACAAAUCUAAAUGCCUCUGCAGAGAUCUACGACGAUCCGUUACUGUAUAGUUUCGAAAAAUAUGCAUUGGCAGUUAUGAAACAAAGAACCUUCUCACAAAUUGAGCAUUGUGUUUUCAAUUUUGCUGUAGUGUGUAAUGAUGUGUAUAGUGUUUACAUUUUUGAAAGCUUCGAGCUGCUCUUUUGGUGUGAAAGUUUGUUUUAUGCAGUGGGAAGGUGUGGUUGUGUUUAUGUAGCUUUAGAAAAGGGUGUUGUGUUUAGACAUUGGGGAACAUGGUGGAAACGUUUGUGAAAUGUGUUUUAGCAUUUGAGAAAAACUAAUAUCUGAGUGCUUUGGAUUUCAAAAUAUGUUCAGCGUUAUUCCUUUUUGGCUUAUAUAUCAUCUAAAAUCGUUUAGAAAUGUUUUUGCAUUGUACACGUUCUCUAAAGUUGGCUUUCGAAGCAUCUUGAUAUCCUUUCUAAUGUAUAUUAGCCUCCAUUUCCAUGUUUUUAAUUUUUUCACACGAUAGGUUUCAGAUACUGACAUUUUUGCAAUCAUGGUUUGAAAAUUGAUUCUGACUGCUUUUUUUCAUCGAAAAGCUCAGCAAAUACUGUGGUCUGCUGGUGUGGACGCUCCUCUUCUGCUUGAAAGCUUUGUCCUUCUUGGUUUAAUGUGUUUGUCUGUGAGAUAAUGUGUUUUCCUUUCAGCUUGCAGUGAACCACAGGAUCGUUUCUAUCCCUCCAUAGAAAUAAUGAGCAAAUUGCCUCCUUACCGAUGUGUAUCUAUGAAUUCAAGAAACUCUCACCCUGGAAUGAAACCGCUGCCAAUUUUGCAAGUCAUAAUGCAUAAGAGAGGGAAACUUUCUCCUUUUGGGGAAAUUGGAGUCUUCUUUCUCACCACCUGUCAAGUGCUAGUCCAAAUAUAUUCAGUCUUGUGUAGAAGUGAUUUUGUCCUGUGUCUCUUGAUGCAGAUAGCUUGCUAGCUGCUCACUGCCUUUACUUGUAGCCGUUUUCAACUGGUAAUAAGGUCAUUUUUGGCAGCUUAAAAAAAAAGAAAGCUCUAAGGAUGCUAAUGAGGUGUCAAUUCAAAGCAGAAUUAUUAGAAAACCAACUCAUUAACAUUACAGGGAAUCGUUUUGCUAAGAAGUAUGGCACAACAGUGAUAUAAACAUUACCUACCAAGAAGAAUUAAGGAGGGAAAAUAAGUGUUUUGCAUUCUAGCAGAUUUAACACUUUUGCAUUCCGCAGACAGUUUUUCAGCUAAUAGGCCAUUAGAUCAAAAAAUGUGUGCCGUUCAUGGACAAACAACAAUGUUGUGUCUUUAAAUACGGCUGCAGCUGUUGUCUCCAAGAAGAGACGUUUGUUUUGCAAAAGGAAGCCACAAAAUGAAAAAGCGUGUAUCAAAAACAGGCAGAUGUGUUAACGGGUAAAUGAUAUCAAGCUAAAUAAAAACACGUCUUAAUUAAGGUAAUCAUUUCAUUGUGCAAAUAAAAGAACAGGGAGGCACUGCUCACAGACAUUUAAUAAUUGUUCUGUGAAUACAAAGAACUUCCUCCAACUACUAAAGCAUUUUUGAGAAAAAAAAAGCCUUUAUAUUAUUUAUUUAAAAAAAAAAACAAGCACAAAAACCCCCGCAACUAAAUGCUGCAUUGAAAAUGUUUAAAAUACAUCACUAAAUUCAGUUGAAACCAAUCUUUUGGCAUUAUGCAGUGACACUAAGAUGACAUUGUAGUUGCAUUUAAAUGAGUCUUUCUGAUAAGUUGCACUUCAUAAAAGCAAUCAAAUGGAACUCCCACACACUGUCUCGUUUGCUGCUAGAGUAUUAAUUAAAUUACGUUUCGGUCUGUCUGACCUUCAGUCAGGUGCCCAAAGAUUUUGUAUCAGAUCUGCAGUGAAGCAAAAGCCCAUGCUUCUAACUAAUUUUGUCACAGUCUACGGCAGGGAGGUAACUGAGCGAUCAAACUCUUUUCCAGGCACAGGGUAAAUAGAGAAAAGGACACAAAAAUGUGGAUUACUUCUUUGUAUUUUCACCUGUAUUGCUGCUACGUUUGAAUGAAAAAUCAAUUACUGUGGUGAUUAAAUACU